AUGGCUGACGACGAACGCCGUGUCAAACGAUCCCGCUUUGAUCAAACAGAACCGGAGCCUCGCCGGGCCUCUCGUUUCGAUCGUCGUUCUCGAUCUCCCUCGUCGCGACAGUCUGAAGCUACUCGCACUCGGAGCCCUCUUAGUCGCGAACCUCGAAGCCCUAGCGCAGACCCGGCAAAGAAGUCUGGGGGUGCGGACCCUGCUGCCGCAGCGGCUGCCGCAGCGGCCAAGAUCAACGCUCAGUUGCAAGCAAAGAAGGGGAUUCAGCAUGUUGAUGUUCCACCUAUCCGUUCGGCCACAAGUCCCGCACCGGCAGCCGCAUCACCGUCCGCUGGAGACGCAUCCGCGAAACUUAACACAGACAUUUACGUUGCUGAUGGAGACUAUAUCAAGGACAUUGAAAUUAAUGACUUGCGUAACCGCUACACACUGACCAAGGGCUCUACUCAGAAGAUGAUCAAGGAAGAAACUGGCGCCGAUGUCACGACUCGAGGAAACUAUUAUCCGGAUAAGAGCAUGGCAACUGCCGCGAACCCCCCGCUGUACCUACAUGUGACGAGUACGAACAAGGAAGGCCUCGAAAAGGCCGUGGAUUUGAUCGACGAGCUCAUGAAGAAGGAACUCCCCAAUCUGGUCGAUGAGCGCCGAUUCCGUCGACGUGAGCCGGAACAAGUGGAACGUGACGAAUACGGUCGUCGUAAAUGGCCCGAAGAGCGGAUUCCAGUGGACUUGGAGCCAAUUCCUGGCUUUAACCUUCGUGCCCAAGUGGUCGGACAGGGCGGCGCGUAUGUAAAGCAUAUUCAGCAGAAAACUCGAUGCAAGGUCCAAAUCAAAGGUCGGGGCUCCGGCUUCAUGGAACCCAGUACCGGCAGAGAAAGCGAGGAACCGAUGUUCUUGCAUGUUGCUGGACCCGACCCCAACGACGUGAAGAGCGCAAAGGAGUUGUGCGAGGACCUUUUGGCCAAUGUUCGAGAACAGUAUCAGCGCUUCAAGGAGAACCCACCCCAGCACAACUAUGGCGGAUAUGGUCAGCGUGGAGACCGUUAUCAGGGAGGGGGCUAUGGUGGAGGCUACGGUGGGGGUCAUGGGGGUGGCAGUGGCAGUGGUGGUUAUGGGAAUCAUUCUCACCAGAACUCACCCUCCACCUCUGGUAGCCCUGCCACGCAAGGCGCAACAGGAACAUCGGGAGGACAGAACCUAGCCGACUAUAGCGCACAGUAUGCCCAGUACUACGGAUCCGAUCCCUACGCUGCCUACGGUGGAUAUCAAAACUACGUCGCCUACUACCAAUACUAUCAACAAUAUGCCCAACAGCAGCAACAGCAACAGUCUCAGCCGCAGUCGCAGUCCCAAAGUCCCGCUCCCCCUCCCCCUCCUCCGACUAACGAAGCGCCGCCUCCUCCGCCUCCCGGUUCAGGUUCCCCCCCUCCACCUCCUCCGGGUGGCAGCUACAGUGCAGUCCCACCGCCACCAGGCCUGUGA